CGAAAAUUCACUCAUCAAAUUAAAUCGGCUACUUCAGCUUCAAUCUGGUUUGUUCAGUUAUCUACCUCUCUUGGUACGACAUGAUUUGUGUCGGUUGAUUCAUCUCGAUGGUGUUCGUAGGACGAGUGAAAUUUAGUUGGCACGUUUAAAGAGGGAACAUAACGUUGGGAAUUUUUUCUUCUUCUGAGUUCUAUGCUUUCCUUACUGUCCCUGUGUGUUGGUAGACUUAGAUGGCCGUUGGCUCAUUGAAGUUACAACUUGAAAGUCAAACUAAUACGAUCACUUUGAUAAUUGAGCAAUCUCGACCAGAAACUAUUAACAACAACGAGCAUAUUGUUGACAUAGCUGGGAGUGGGGAUGCCUCCUCAUCUAGCAAGCCUCAUGGUAGAUCUUUAAAGAGCUUAAAUGCCACACAGGAAGACAGACCUUCAAGUACUGCACGAGCACCUGUAUUACAACCUUCGAUCUUUUCUUCUAAUGGAUCAAACUCUAGAAACACUUCAGCAACAAGGAGAGGAGAUACUCGUCGUCGCAGAAGUCCAUUGAAUUCUGGUAUAUGGAUAUCUAUUGAACUGGUUCUUACUGUGAGCCAAAUCAUUACAUCUAUUGUUGUUCUGUCUUUGUCAAGGAAUGAGCAUCCAUGUACUCCAUUGAUUGCAUGGAUUGUUGGUUAUGCAUCUGGAUGUGUUGCUACUCUUCCUCUUCUAUAUUGGCGCUAUCGUCACCGCAACCAAGCCUCAGAGAAAGAUUCAGCUCAAGCCCGUCAGAAUUCUCAGCUAUCAGCAAGACCAUUUUCACUCUCUCUAUCUAGGGCUUCAGAAGGAGAAGAUCUUCGGAAUGCCACUUCAAACCACAGAAGCAAUCCAAGUUCGGCAGUACUAAGCAGAAGAAUAAAAAUACUUGUGGAAUACUUCAAGAUGGCAUUGGAUUGUUUCUUUGCGGUUUGGUUCGUGGUUGGCAAUGUGUGGAUAUUUGGAGGACACUCAUUUGCAAAUGACGCUCCUAACUUGUAUAGGUAA